AUGCAUCAGCGGGCCCGUUCAGAAGCCGGCGGCGAUGUCGCCAGCCCCCGCUCCAGCAGGGCUCCGAGCUUCAGCAGCGACAGGCCGUCAGUCGCAAGCUCCGUAACUUUCCAGAUGCCGACGAGCAUUCGCCCGGCGCCCGCAUACAUCGCCGCCUCGGUCGCCUCGCAGAUCGUCACCGACAACCGCCAUGCGCAGCUCCGCGAAGGCGACGACUCAGACACUGAGGGCGCUGGCGACUUCCUGGUCAACGCCCUCUUCUCGGAGCAGGCUCUGUCUCUGCUCAAUUCCUUCCUCGACCACCUGCUGUUCGCGAUCCUGUCCACCGCGCAUUCGCCGUCGCUUACCGCCAUCCGGCCCGCCAUAACCGAUGUGCUCAAGCCGCGCGUUGCCCGCGAGGCAAUGGCCAACGCCGAUGAAGAACUGCAGGGCUUGCUCGCCGGGGAGGACGACGAGGAGUUCCCGGAGCAGGACGGCACAGUCGCAGAGCGGUGGGAUGUUGAGAAGGUAUGGAAGCGGACACGCUUACGGAUAAUGGUCUAUACUCGGUUAGGGGAGCUAGAAGACGAGGAUGAGGAGCGCUAUGUCCAACAGGAGCGCGGGCUCAGCAUGGACGACAGCGACGACGAUGAGGCCGGUCUCGUUUCUUGGGCCGCCGCCAUUUUCCUCACGUCCGUCAUCGAGUACCUCGCGGAGCAAACGCUGCUUGUCUCUGGCCAGGCGGCAUUUGCUCGCCUGUCUGCCAAAAUGAAGAAGAUCGCUCAGCAGUCCGAGGAUGCCGAGGACCAACAGCUUGAGCGCAUCAUUGUCGAAGAUUUCGAUGUCGAGAAGAUUGCCUUGAACUCCGCGCUCGGCAGGUUGUGGAGAACCUGGAGGAAGCGAGUGCGGUCGCCGAUCACGCCGCUUUCACCGCGGGGAGUCCGCUACACGAGCAGCGUUGCAAGCCUUCACCGCCGACGGAUAAGCCACGACACGGCGGAUGAGUCUAUCCUAAGCGAUGGCGUACCAGAGGUCCCUGAGCACAAGCCUACCGAGACGGAGAUUGCGGCCAAUAUUCCGCUCCCCAUGGGCGACAACGACGUCAACGAAAUCGAGGUUCCUGGUCUUGCUCGCACAUUCGAGGAAGGAGAAGCGAGUGGUACGGAGACCCCGAUUGCGCGUACUCAACGGCCGGCUAGCGUCAUCAUGCUUGCGCCCCCAGAGAACUUCAGGAGGCGGAUGGCGAAGGAGCGCCCGGUGUCGAUGCCUCCACCAGCAGCUGGACCCUUGGUCUUCCCCCCAGAGAGAGAAACGGCAGAAGACAUGGAGUUUGAGACUCCUAUGGAAACAGUGUCAGAUGACGAAUCAUAUAUCCACGACGAGCGCCAGGAGGGCAUGUCCCAUGUCGAUGAGAGAGACGCCGAGGGCGAACACGAGGCGGACGCUGAUAUGGUAGCAUUCGCCGCUUCUACGGGCAUGGGCUUCGGUAUGAGCCCGAUAAGUCCAGUGAAGGCCAAUGGCUUUGACAAGGACGAGGAUGAUGUCGACACUCCCACUCAGACUGGCUACGAUGGCGAGUCACAGGUGUUCCAGUCCAAGAGGAUGUCAAUUGAGAAGACUGGGCCUCCAGGGGUUGUCCGCACGUACUCUACGAGGAGCUCAAGCCUGAGAUCUCAUGACAGGACACCCGCUGGGACCCCAAGCGUGACUCCCGGAAACGAGCCGAAGACAUAUCUCGACGAUGCCCAUACCGACGACGACCUGAGCGCACCUGACGCCAUCGGAGUUGCGCACACUUCGAACAUACCUAUCCCAACGCCGUCGCCUCCGGCCGAGCCAUCUACUAAUGACAGGGCACCUGGACAUGCAAAGCAUCCUUCACACGGAGGAUACGUAGAGGUUCUUCCCCGCCAGACGGCGCUAACAUCAAUUACCGUCCGCAAUACCCCAAGUCCCGAAGAAAGACCUACGCAAGGCGAGCGUUCCACGAUGCGCAAAGAUGUUCAACGAAAAGAGGUUCAGCGGAAAGAAGUUACUAUCUCUCCGCCAGGGCCUCGCGACACUACUCCUCCGAGGUCGCGCGCGCCCGUGCUGGCCUCCUUGCAGGAGACGGAGACUUGGAGCACGAAGCCGCAGCAUCCGGUGGUACCUGAGAAGUCAACACAACGUGGCAGCCCUACGCGUGGUAGCCCCAAGCCAGGUCCGUCGCUGCGCACCCGUGAGUCGCCAGCCGCCGUUGCCGACCGCACUGUUAAACCCAAAGCUAUUGAAGGCUCACCUCGGUCUCGCUCCGGCACUACUGAAGGAGCUUCUCCAGACAAGGCUACUGUUCAGCGCCUGUCCUCUUCCUCCUCAACCGGCCGAUCCGUAUCAACUUCCAUUCUGCACAGCGCUCGUGAUUCUGAUACCAGCCUCAAUGGCCGCCCUCGGGGUCUCAGCGGCCGCAUGUCGGAAGAAGACCGACAGCGUGAGUUUGACACUCUGGUAAAAGGAGAAGAGACUGUAAAGUUCACUCUCACCCCACAGGCCAUGCGCGACAUCGAUGAGCCGCCAGUUGUCAAGCGGGUAGAGCCCCCCAAACCGGCAGCCUCAGUCACUGUCUAUCCCCGCGUGAAUGCAGACAAGGAUACUCAAUUCGGAUCUCAACAUCUGCCUGCUCGAACGGCGCCAAGGGCUGAAGGCCCAGUUCCAUCGUCCGGCAAGAAAGUGAGAAUAGCGAAACCGAUGGCCAGGGAACCGCGGAUACAGAGCGAAUCCAUGCGCGAUUUUGCCGACUUUAUUCGAUCGACAGGUCCUGCUCCCGGAGACGAGCGACCUGUGCAGCCGUUUGUGCCUCUAAGUCAGACCAGUCCUAAGCCAACUAACGCGUCGUCGUCGUCAAUUAGUGGAUUGGGCAGGAGAUUAUCCACAAGGCAGGCCUCGUCUCACUCGCAUUCAGGUUCCACUGCUGGAGAGGGCCCUUCAGCGAAGUCUCGCGCACAUAUGGAACCACGCAGUCCUGCCGGCCCGCGAAGCGGCAACGAUGACUUGAUUGACUUCAUACGACAAGGCCCGCCAGGCGCCAACAAUGGACAGCCUAGGAUUCCUCGUGCUGUGGCGCCAUUCCGAACCACCGUCGACUCUGAUCAAUUCGAUCGCAUGCUAGACGAGAACGGCAAUGUUGAAUCAGCGUAUGGCUCGCAGGUGUCCACAACCUCGAAGCAAUCUUCGCAGACUGCCAACUCAAGGACGGGGCUUCUACCAAAAGCAAACGUCGUACAGCCUGCAUAUUCGAAUACUCCGCAGAAGCUCACAGGGAACCUGUCAAGCCCUGAGCCCCAUAUUCAGCGCACUCGUCGUCGCGUCAAGGAUCCAUACGCCAUCGACUCGGACGACGAAGACGACGAUCUACUGACGGCUCUUCCUAGUUCUGCAAGGCCUCGACAGCAAGAGGAGAGCAUGAUGGACUUUCUAAACAGCAUGGAGCCGCCCUCUAAUAGCCAGCCACAGCCAUUUGUCUUGAGCAAGGAGGCGAUAGCUGCGGCAAAGGCCCGGGCAGUUAGGAACCCUGCCGGCUCCCCUGCCGAUAGCAUGUCAUCUUCUAGCACUGCAACGCGAAACGGGGUCAAUUCUCGCUCCGGAAAAGUGCCCUCGGCGCAACCCGGCCAGAUAUCCUCUACAAUCACAUCGAAUGCCCAGCAAUCCUUCAAGCCAAAACUCCAAGCGCGAACAGCCGGCGCAAGAGAUGCACAGAUUGGCCGAUCUGCUACUAGCGACCUCGCCGAUUUCCUCCGUAGCUCUGGCCCUCCGGAGUCACCUGCGCCAGCGCCAGGCGCUACAAUCCGCAAGGAAGAAGGCAAGCGUGUGCCUACGAAGUUCUGGCGCAAGAAGACAUAUCCCGACAUGCCCUGCAAUGCGCUUCUCGUUCUUCGCAGCAGUCGAAUGCAGGAUCGAUUACAAAUCCAGUUAGAUCCUAUGCAUCCAGCCCGGAACGACUUGGGCAUACAUUACAGACACAUGAAGGCUCCCCCGCCGGGGCCACCACCAACUCAUCUCAUCAGCUUAUUACAUACUACCACCGCCACACUCCUCAUCCAACCCUACCUCCACCCAGCCAUGGCGUCCCCAAGAAGCACACUCCCCCUCUCCGAAACCCCAGCACUAACAUACAACCACAGCGAAGAAAACAUCACCGCCCUCCUCCACCACCUCCCACACAUCUCCCACUCCACAAACCCUUCCGAAUGCGUCUCCAAAUCUAGCACCCGCCAUUCUGCCGCUGCCCCUGCCCAGACCCCCCGCGCAGUCCUCUUCCCCGCCUCCACAGCAGACGUCUCCGCCAUCCUCGCCGCCUGCCACGCGCGCAACAUAGCCGUGACGUCCUUCGGCGGCGGCACGAGUCUCGGCGGCGCGCUGGCGGCGACGAGAGGCGGCGGCGUGUGCGUGGAUUUCAAGCUCAUGCACAGGAUUCUGGACCUGCAUGAAGAUGACUUGGAUGUCGUAGUGCAGCCGGAUGUGGGGUGGGUCGAGUUGAAUGAGUAUUUGAGCGAGAAGGGGUUGUUUCUCCCGCCGGAUCCGGCACCCGGGGCGAGGAUUGGGGGGAUGAUCGCAAUGUCCUGCUCCGGCACCAACGCCUACCGCUACGGCACGAUGAAGGAAUGGGUCAUCUCGCUCACCGCCGUGCUCGCCGACGGCUCCGUCGUCAGGACGCGCAACCGGCCGCGCAAGUCUGCCGCGGGAUACGAUCUUACGCACCUGGUUAUCGGGUCUGAGGGCACGCUCGCGCUGGUCACCGAGGCGGUGCUGAGAGUCACCGCGCUGCCGAGGAAUCUGCACGUUGGGCUGGUGAGGUUUGAGCGGAUGCAGCAUGGCGUUGAUAGCGCGGUGGGCGUGUUGAAGAGCGGGUUCUUGCUCGAGGCGCUCGAGUUGGCGGAUGCGGAGUGUAUGCGCGCGCUGAAUCACUCGGGGCUUUGUGCUGAGGAGUUUGCAGAGACGCCGACGCUGUUUGUUAAGUUCGCGGGGUCGGAGGGGGUAGUGAAGGAGCAGAUUUCUUGCGUGAGGGAGAUCUGUGCUGCGAAUGCGUGUCGUGCGUUUGAAGUGUCGGGGGACGAGAGUAGGAUCCGGGCUAUCUGGGGCGCGAGGAAGAGUCUGGGGAAUGCGCUGGUGACGAUGAAGAAGGAUCCGAGUGAUCUGUUCUUGCAUACUGAUGCUGCGGUGCCGAUCUCGAAGAUGGCGCAGUUGGUGGAGGAGAGUGAGCGGAUUGUUAGGGAGGAAGGGGGGGAGUGGUUUUGCGCGAGCGUGGGGCAUGUUGGGGAUGGGAACGUGCACACCGCGAUAGUCUGUCCCGCGUCCGCUAAAGCCGACGCUGAGAGACUCCUCGCGAAGAUUCAGAGACUGGCGCUCGAGCUCGAGGGCACUAUUACAGGCGAGCAUGGCGUGGGGCUCAAGCUGCGCGACUUGCUGGCUGAAGAGGUGGGACAGGCUGGGGUGGAUGUUAUGCGCAGGGUGAAGAUGGCGCUGGAUCCGAAGGGGAUACUGAAUCCGGAUAAGGUUGUCAGGCUAGAGGAGGGGAUUUGA